GGAGUCUUUCGAUUUCUCUGUUCUCACCUGUCUCUCUUUUCUUCUCAUAUCAGAGCACUCUGCUUUCGUUUCUCCAUCAAACCCACAUCACAAAAAUGGCUUCAGUGUCUUCUCUACAUCAAUUCCCAUGCAAAACCCUCUCGGUGGCCCAAUUCACCUCAAAGCCCUCUCUUUUCCUGGCGAACUCUAUCAAUUUCACCCCCGGAAAAGCGAUACAAAGCUCAAAUUCAAAGCUUUCAGUUGGAGAAAUCGCAAAGGCGAGACUGGGUGGUUUUCGAGUCCGUGCAGUGGCGGAUGAUGACGAGUGGGGCCCAGAUAAGGAGUAUUCUACCGGAGUGGCGGUGGUGGAAGAGCCGACGGAGAUUGAUUUGCUGAAGAAGCAACUGGUGGAUUCUUUCUAUGGGACCAAUCGAGGGCUUAGAGCGUCGAGCGAGACGAGGGCGGAGGUCGUCGAGCUCAUCACGCAGCUCGAGGCGAAGAAUCCGACUCCUGCACCGACGGAGGCAUUGACUUUGCUGAACGGCAAGUGGAUUCUAGCGUACACAUCAUUUGUAGGUUUGUUCCCGUUGUUGGCAAGGGGAACACUUCCACUGGUGAAGGUGGAGGAAAUAUCACAGAUCAUUGACUCAGAGAAUUUCACGGUUCAGAAUUCUGUCCUGUUUUCUGGACCAUUGGCUACCACUUCCAUUAGUACAAGCGCAAAAUUUGAAGUUCGAAGUCCCAAGCGUGUGCAGAUUAAAUUUGAAGAGGGCAUCAUUGGGACUCCUCAGUUGACUGACUCGAUUGUGCUUCCAGAAAAUGUGCAAUUUCUUGGACAAAAUAUUGACCUCACACCAUUCAAAGGCUUGAUCACUUCUGUACAGGACACAGCUUCGUCUGUUGCCAAGACUAUCUCUAGCCAACCACCACUGAAAUUCUCUAUCCCCAGCAACAAAGCAGAAUCUUGGUUGCUAACCACAUACCUUGACGAUGAUCUUCGUAUUUCAAGGGGAGAUGCAGGAAGCGUGUUUGUGCUUAUAAAGGAAGGUUGCCCACUCCUAAAACCUUGAACAAAUUGGUAAUAUGCAUUGUAUUUUCUCUGAAGGCGUGUAGAAUUUUAUCAAAUAAUACAUGACGAACAAAGCAAACUUGUCUGUAACUAUUGAUCCUUCUCCAAUAAUUUGGAUUGCUUUACAAAUAUAUGUAGUUCCUGUGAACACUAUGAUUGCAGCUGUGCAGUGAGAUCAGACGCUAUUUUAUUUGAUCUGUGGUGGGAGAAUUUUUGUUUUUCUCAUCAGAUUCCGAGUAGUUACCAUCAAAGCUGAUGGCACAUGGU